AUGGCAUCCAGUCAACAAGAGAGACCCCGGCGUCCGAUUCGAAUUGGAAAUGCGUCAGGGGCGAUCGGUGAUGGAAUAGACCAAGUCUUCCGCCUUGCUUCGUCCGGCGAUGUGGAUGCCAUCACUGCCGAUUACCUCGCUGAGUUCAACAUUGCCUGGAAGGCCAUCGAGUUGCAGACAAAUCUAGAGCUUGGGUAUGAACCCAACUUUCUAGAACAGCUUGCGUGGGAGAAUGGGGCCGGCGCGAAAGCAGUCGCCCGCAACAAGGUGAAGGUGGUCCAUGACGGCGGUGCUUUGAAUCCCAAGGGCUUGGCUAAGAAAGUAGACGAAUACUUCAAGUCCUUGGGUAUCUCAGACGUCAAAGUAGCCUGGAUUGAGGGAGACAAUGUCACCGAGCAGGUCAAAAGCAACAAGCUGGUUGGUCUUCGGCAUCUCGACCAGAAGGAUGUCACAUUCAGCAACAGCGACGAGGCACCUACACUUGCAGCAAACGUUUACACAGGCCAGGAAGGCAUUGUGAAAGCGCUGGAAGCUGGUGCAGAUAUCGUGAUAUGCGGGCGAUGCUGCGAUGCCUCCCCCGUCAUGGGUCUGGCGACUUGGUGGCACGGCUGGGGCCCCUCAGACUACGAUCCUCUGGCUGGAAGUCUCAUGGCCGGCCAUCUGAUCGAAUGCGGUGCUUAUGUGACUGGCGGGAAUUACUGUGGCGCGAGGGAAGUUCCUGAACUCCAUCAUGUCGGAUAUCCCAUUGCGGAAAUCUCCUGCGAUGGAACCACGGUCAUCACCAAAUCUGAUGGAUCCAAUGGCGCGGUGACGGUCGACACAUGCACCGCUCAACUCCUCUACGAGAUUCAAGGCCAACGGUAUCUAAACCCAGACGUGACGGCCUUCAUUGGGCAAGCGAAGCUGGAGCAGGUCGGCCCCAGCCGUGUAAAGCUAUCGGGGAUAACUGGGCUUCCUCCCCCAGAAACAUCCAAGGUGGCUAUUUGCCAACUCGGCGGUUAUCAAGCCGAGAUAUCUGCCUAUGCUGCUGGACUCGACACAGAUUUCAAGUUCAAUCUCAUGAAAAGUCAGGUCCUGGGGCGAGUGAACAUGGCAGACUUUUCAAUCUUCAGCAUCGAAAAGUAUGGCAGCUCUCUCCCCGAUCCGCGAUCUCAAAAAGAGUGUACAGUUCAGAUUCGCAUGUUUGCCCAGAGCCCCAACAAAGAGGCGUUCUCCCAGUUUCGAAGGGCAAUCUUCUACAAUGGAAUGCAGGGAUAUUGCGGGCUACAUCUUGGAAUGGAUUGGAGAACCAUGGAGCCGAAGCCUUAUGUCAAGUAUUUCCCUGCAUUGAUCAGCCGAAACUCUCUGCCAGAUCUCUCUGUCAAGUUUGUGUCUGGGGAGGUCUUUGCUGUUCCUUCACGGAAAGGAACGCCAAUCAGAUCUAUUACUUCGUUACCAAGCCCAGAACAGUCGCAUCCUUCUGUGUUAGAUACAAGCAAUGCGAUGGUCGUAAGGCCACUAGGUGAUCUUCUCUUUGCCCGCAGUGGUGACAAGGGAGGUAACGCAAAUGUUGGUUUCUGGGUACGCUCAGAGAAGGCCUACCCUUGGGCAAGAAAGUUCCUGACUUCUGCCAAGUUGGUCGAGCUACUUGCAGAUGAUUGGGAUGACAGGUACACUGUUGAGCGGUGCGAGUUCCCUCAUUUGCGGGCGAUACACUUCGUCAUCAAAGGCAUCCUCCAAGAAGUGGGGGAUGAAUCUCUAUGCGGCAUCAUCCUUCUGGGCCUCAUCACGUUCUACCACCUGCUCCUGCUCAAUAUCACGCUUCACCUCGACAGAUUCCUCCUCAGCACGCUUGGCCUGGUCCAUCUCCUCGCGCUUGGCAAACUCCUCCUCCUCGCGCUUGACGAAGUCGGACUCCUCACGCUUCUCGGGCACCUCAUCGCGCUCAAAGAGCUCAUCGUCGAACUCACGCUCGAAGAGAUCAUCCUCAUCACGCUCGUACAGCUCGUCGUCGAACUCGCGCUCGAAAAGCUCAUCCUCGAAGUCACGCUCAUAGAGAUCGUCAUCAAAAUCGCGCUCAAAAAGGUAGUCCUCGUCAAAGUCGCGCUCAAAAAGGUCCUCAUCGAACUCAUCGCGCUCGAAGAGAUCCUCCUCGUAGUCACGCUCCCAGAGGUCGUCCUCAUCGCGCUCAUACAGCUCAUCGUCGAAGUCGCGCUCGUAGAGCUCAUCAUCGAAGUCACGCUCGAAAAGCUCGUCAUCAAAGUCGCGCUCAUAGAGCUCAUCUUCGAAGUCACGCUCAUACAGAUCCUCCUCAUCACGCUCGAACAGCUCGUCAUCGAAGUCGCGUUCGUACAAGUAAUCCUCUUCGGCAUCACGUUCGAACAGCUCAUCAUCGAAGUCUCGCUCAUAGAGUUCAUCGUCGAAGUCACGUUCGAACAGCUCGUCCUCGAAGUCGCGCUCGAAGAGUUCAUCAUCGAACUCACGCUCGAACAACUCAUCAUCGAAGUCGCGUUCAUACAGGUAAUCCUCUUCGAAGUCACGUUCGAACAGCUCGUCAUCGAAGUCUCGCUCAUAGAGUUCAUCAUCGAAGUCACGUGCAUAGAGCUCGUCCUCGAAGUCGCGCUCGUAAAGCUCGUCAUCGAAGUCACGUUCAAACAGCUCGUCGUCGAAGUCUCGCUCAUAGAGCUCAUCGUCAAAGUCUCGCUCAUAGAGCUCAUCGUCAAAGUCACGCUCGUAGAGUUCAUCUUCGAAAUCGCGUUCGUAGAGCUCGUCAUCGAAAUCACGCUCGUAGAGUUCGUCAUCAAAGUCUCGCUCAUAGAGGUAGUCCUCAUCGAAGUCGCGAGCAUACAGGUAGUCCUCAUCGUCGAAGUCACGCUCCUCGAGGUCAUCCUCAAGGGCACGGGCAAAGUGUUCCUCAACGGCUUCGAGAAUCUCGCGCUCGUAAAGAUCCUCAUCGCGGGCGUAAAGACCAUAGGCUUCCUCUUCGAAGUCGCGGCGCUCAAGUUCGCUACGGACAGCGUCGAGAACAUCACGCUGGUCGCGCUCGUAGAGCUCGUCGUCAAAGUCGCGCUCAUACAGGUAGUCUUCAUCGAAGUCACGAGUGUAGAGCUCAUCAUCGAAGUCGCGCUCAUAGAGAUAAUCCUCCUCGAAGUCACGGGCGUAGAGCUCGUCGUCGAAAUCGCGCUCAUACAGAUCAUCCUCAAAAUCGCGCUCAUAGAGGUCCUCGUCGAAGUCUCGCUCGUAGAGCUCGUCAUCGAAAUCGCGUUCAUACAAAUAGUCCUCAUCGAAGUCACGAGUGUAGAGCUCAUCUUCGAAGUCACGCUUAUAGAGUUCGUCAUCGAAAUCGCGCUCGAAGAGUUCAUCGUCGAAAUCACGCUCGUACAAGUAGUCCUCAUCGAAGUCACGAGCAUAAAGAUCAUCUUCGAAAUCGCGUUCAUAGAGCUCAUCAUCAAAGUCGCGCUCGUAAAGCUCGUCAUCGAAAUCCCGCUCGUAGAGUUCAUCAUCGAAGUCACGCUCGUAGAGGUAGUCCUCGUCGAAAUCGCGCUCGAAGAGUUCAUCAUCGAAAUCACGUUCGUAGAGCUCGUCGUCGAAGUCACGCUCAUAGAGAUCGUCUUCGUAGAAGUCGCGCUCCUCAAGCUCAUCGUAGAAAUCACGCUCGUACAGCUCGUCAUCAAAGUCGCGCUCGUAAAGCUCGUCGUCGAAGUCACGCUCGUAGAGCUCAUCGUCGAAAUCGCGCUCGAAGAGGUAGUCCUCAUCAAAGUCACGUUCGAAGAGAUCGUCCUCGUACGAACGGCGGGCAAGCUCAUCCUUGAUGGAGUCAAUCAGGAACUCGCGCUUGGCAAUGUAGGCCUCCUCAUCGUCAAAGUCACGCUCGAGGAGGAGGUCAUCCUCAUCGAGGGAUCGGAGGGCGAGUUCUUCCUUGACCUGGUCGAGGAAAUCACGCUCAAACAGCUCGUCGUCGAAGUCGCGGGCGUAGACAUCCUCGUCGAAGUCACGCUCGUACAGUUCAUCGUCGAAGUCACGCUCAAAGAGAAGCUCCUCGUCGUCAAAGUCGCGCUCAAAGAGGUCAUCCUCGUCGAAGUAUCGUUCAAAAAGCUCAUCAUCGAAUUCACGCUCAAAGAGAAGAUCCUCAUCAUCGAAGUCGCGCUCAAAGAGCUCGUCAUCGAAGUCACGUUCGUCCAGAUCCUCUUCUUCUCCGCGCUCGGCAAGUUCCACAGCUUCCUCGGUGCGUUCCUCGAUAUCCCGCUUGACGUUGGACAUCCAGCCGGCGAUAUCUCGCUUAGUAAAACCAAUGUUCUCCUUGUCGUCUUCACUGCGCUCGUCCACGAACAUGGACUCGGUGGUCAUUCUCUUGCUAAGUUCUUCCUUGAUGGCAUCUCGGAGGACCUCAAGCUCGCGCUUGUCGUAUCCGUAGCAGACCUCGCCGGCGGCCUCGCAUCCACCACGUGGAGCGAGGUACUCACGAGGCUCGAUGGGAGCAUCGCGCUUAGCCAGGUCGCCGCCCUCCUCAACCUCAGAUCGAGGAAUGCCGGGGCAGGCCUCGAGAGUGCCGGUGCAUGA